AUGAAUCGACGUUCAUUAAGUGCUGAAUCAUUACAUUCAUCAAGAAUAUCCGGUCAAGCAUACAAACCUUUAUCAUCAAACUCUAAAGUUUAUGAUCGAUGGACAAUAAUCUGUAUAAUUAUUGCAUCAAUUGGUAUACUCAAUGGUUUUUGGAUGUUAAUUGCUCCUGAACAUUGGUAUCAUAAUUUACCAGCUGGUGUACCUGAAUAUGGUCCAUUCAAUGUACAUUUUGUACGAGAUAUUGGUUGUAUAUUUUUUCUUGUUGGUGCUGGUACUUUGAUUGCAGGAUUUUAUCCUAUUUAUCGUUUACCAUUAUUUACAAUGAAUACAGCUUUUUAUAUAUUACAUAUGCUCGUACAUGUACAUGAAGUUGUUAGUGGACGAAUACGAUUAAGUAUGUUUUGGGUAGAUUUACCUGGUGUUUACAUUCCUGCUGUUGUCUUUUUUAUAUUAAAUAUAUUUCUGAUUAAACAAGUUCGAAAUGAUCAACCCAUUCAACGUACAAUUAGAAAUUGA